AUGCCAUAUCCUCAAGCAUUGAGUAAGCCUAAGGCUAAGGUUAGUGAAUCUGAUGAUUAUUUAUUAGAAACCUUCCAAAAGGUUACCAUUACCAUCCCUUUAGUAGAUGCAAUUAGGCAUAUACCUUCUUAUGCUAAAUUCCUUAAAGGCAUAUGCACACACCAUAGAAGCCCCAAGAGGAUCCAAUUGAGUGAGAAUAUUAGUUCCAUAAUGAUGAAUUCUCUUCCUAUUAAAAAGAGAGAUCCAAGAGCUCCCAUGAUUACGAGUGAGAUUGGAGGAAUGAUUUUUACUAGAUCGUUGUUAGAUACCGGAGCUAGUAUCAAUAUCCUCCCUAAAGCCGUAUAUGACCGUCAUCAUGUAGGGGAAUUGCAGCCUUUCCUUAUAGAGUUAUGUUUAGCGGAUGGAUCGGUAAGGAAGCCUCAUGGCAUAGUAGAAGAUGUGAUUGUUAGAAUAGAAGGAUGUUAUUUUUCGAUAGACUUCCUAGUUGUAGAUAUGAAGAUCACUAAGGAGCUUAGUCAAGCCCCAAUUAUCCUAGGAAGACCUUUCUUAGCUACCACAAAAGCCGUUACAGAUUGGGGAAAAGGAAAAGUGAUUCUUAAGGUGGGAGAGCAUACGGUGAAGGUCAACAUCAACAAGUUGAUGAAGUAUCCUUCACAAGCUUUCGAGGAUUUGGGCGCCAUCGACGUAUUUGAUGAUCAAGACAUAGAGACUUGCAUCGAAGAAGUCAUGACGGUCAACGAGGGAGCUGAUUUCGAGGAGCUACCAUUGGACGAUCUGACAGGGGAGCUCAAGCCUCUUCCAUCUACACUCAAGUACGCUUUCCUUGACUCUCAACAGGUUAAACCAGUGAUCAUUUCUUCCCAGCUCAAUGAGGAGCAGGAGAAACGAUUACUCGACGUAUUACGACAGAAUGAGCAAGCAAUCGGAUGGACUCUAGCAGAUUUGAGGGGAUUAGACCCUUCAUUAUGCACUCAUCGCAUAUUCUUGGAGGACGAGUCCAGACUCGUGAGGGAAGCCCAGCGCUGA